UUCAGAAGGAGUAGGCUAGUUUUUGAAACCACAGCACAUUUUGGCCAAGAGGGAAUGCACAACAGAACUGAUGGGGUGGCUGGACGGGAGCAGCUCUUGGCUCAGCAAAGAAUGCACAGUAUGAUCAGCUCAGUGGAUGUGAAGUCAGAGGUUCCUGUGGGCCUGGAGCCCAUCUCGCCAUUAGACCUAAGGACCGACCUCAGGAUGAUGAUGCCUGUGGUGGACCCUGUCGUUCGUGAGAAGCAACUGCAGCAGGAGCUACUUCUUAUCCAGCAGCAGCAACAAAUCCAGAAGCAACUCUUGAUCGCAGAGUUUCAGAAACAGCAUGAGAACUUGACACGGCAGCACCAGGCUCAGCUUCAGGAGCACAUCAAGUUGCAACAGGAACUUCUAGCCAUAAAACAGCAACAAGAACUCCUAGAAAAGGAGCAGAAACUGGAGCAGCAGAGGCAAGAACAGGAAGUAGAGAGGCAUCGCAGAGAACAGCAGCUUCCUCCUCUCAGAGGCAAAGAUAGAGGACGAGAAAGGGCCGUGGCAAGUACAGAAGUAAAGCAGAAGCUUCAAGAAUUCCUGUUGAGUAAAUCAGCAACUAAAGACACUCCAACUAAUGGAAAAAAUCAUUCCGUGAGCCGUCAUCCCAAGCUCUGGUACACGGCUGCCCACCACACGUCAUUGGAUCAAAGCUCUCCACCCCUUAGUGGAACAUCUCCAUCCUACAAAUACACAUUACCAGGAGCACAAGAUGCAAAGGAUGAUUUCCCCCUUCGAAAAACUGCCUCUGAGCCCAACUUGAAGGUGCGGUCCAGGUUAAAACAGAAAGUGGCAGAGAGGAGAAGCAGCCCCUUACUCAGGCGGAAGGAUGGAAAUGUUGUCACUUCAUUCAAGAAGCGAAUGUUUGAGGUGACAGAGUCCUCAGUCAGUAGCAGCUCUCCAGGAUCUGGUCCCAGCUCACCAAACAAUGGGCCAACGGGAAAUGUUACUGAAAACGAGGCUUCAGUAUUGCCCCCUACUCCUCAUGCUGAGCAAAUGGUUUCACAGCAACGCAUUCUAAUUCAUGAAGAUUCCAUGAACCUGCUAAGUCUUUAUACCUCUCCUUCUUUGCCCAACAUUACCUUGGGGCUUCCCGCAGUGCCGUCCCAGCUCAACGCUUCAAAUUCACUCAAAGAAAAGCAGAAGUGUGAGACCCAGACACUCAGGCCAGGUGUCGCCCUGCCUGGACAGUAUGGGGCCAACAUCCCCACGUCUUCAAGCCAUGCCCACGUUGCUUUGGAGGGAAAACCCAACAGCAGCCACCAAGCCCUCCUGCAGCAUUUAUUGUUGAAAGAACAAAUGCGACAACAAAAGCUUCUUGUGGCUGGUGGAGUUCCCCUACAUCCUCAGUCUCCUUUGGCAACAAAAGAAAGAAUUUCACCUGGCAUUAGAGGUACCCACAAACUGCCCCGUCACAGACCCCUGAAUCGAACCCAGUCUGCACCGUUGCCUCAGAGUACACUGGCUCAGCUAGUCAUUCAGCAGCAACACCAGCAGUUCUUGGAGAAGCAGAAGCAAUACCAGCAGCAGAUCCACAUGAACAAACUGCUUUCGAAAUCUAUUGAACAACUGAAGCAACCAGGCAGUCACCUUGAAGAAGCAGAGGAAGAGCUUCAGGGGGACCAGGCAAUGCAGGAAGACAGAGCGCCCUCUAGUGGCAACAGCACUAGGAGCGACAGCAGUGCUUGUGUGGAUGACACACUGGGACAAGUUGGGGCAGUGAAAGUCAAGGAAGAACCAGUGGACAGUGAUGAAGAUGCUCAGAUCCAGGAAAUGGAAUCUGGGGAGCAGGCUGCUUUUAUGCAACAGCCGCCCUGCCUGGAGGCCCAGCACCCACGUGCACUCUCGGUGCGCCAAACGCAGCUGGCUGCGGUUGGCGUGGAUGGAUUGCAGAAACAUCGUCUUCUCUCCAGAACUCAUUCUUCUCCUGCUGCCUCCAUUUUACCUCACCCAGCAAUGGACCGCCCCUUCCAGCCUGGCUGUGUAACUGGGAUCGCCUACGAUCCUCUGAUGCUGAAACACCAGUGCAUUUGUGGCAAUUCCACCACCCACCCUGAGCAUGCUGGACGAAUACAGAGCAUCUGGUCACGGCUGCAAGAAACUGGACUGCUAAAUAAAUGUGAGCGAAUUCAAGGUCGAAAAGCCAGCCUGGAGGAAAUACAGCUUGUUCAUUCUGAACAUCACUCACUGUUGUAUGGCACCAACCCCCUGGACAGACAGAAGCUGGACCCCAGGAUACUCCUAGGUGAUGACUCUCAAAAGUUUUUUUCCUCCUUACCUUGUGGUGGCCUUGGGGUGGACAGUGACACCGUUUGGAACGAGCUGCACUCGUCCGGUGCUGCACGCAUGGCUGUUGGCUGUGUCAUCGAGCUGGCUUCCAAAGUGGCCUCAGGAGAGCUGAAGAAUGGAUUUGCUGUUGUGAGGCCCCCAGGCCAUCACGCUGAAGAAUCCACAGCCAUGGGGUUCUGCUUUUUUAAUUCAGUUGCAAUUACCGCCAAAUACUUGAGAGACCAACUAAAUAUAAGCAAGAUAUUGAUUGUAGAUCUGGACGUUCACCAUGGAAACGGUACACAGCAGGCUUUUUAUGCCGACCCCAGCAUCCUGUACAUUUCACUCCAUCGCUAUGAUGAAGGGAACUUUUUCCCUGGCAGUGGAGCCCCAAAUGAGGUUGGAACAGGUCUUGGGGAAGGAUACAAUAUAAAUAUUGCCUGGACAGGUGGCCUUGAUCCCCCCAUGGGAGAUGUUGAGUACCUUGAAGCAUUCAGGACUGUCGUGAGGCCUGUGGCCAAAGAGUUUGAUCCAGACAUGGUCCUAGUUUCCGCUGGAUUUGAUGCAUUAGAAGGCCAUACUCCUCCUCUAGGGGGGUACAAAGUGACAGCAAAAUGCUUUGGUCAUUUGACGAAGCAAUUGAUGACAUUGGCUGAUGGACGUGUGGUGUUGGCUCUAGAAGGAGGACAUGAUCUCACAGCCAUCUGUGAUGCAUCAGAAGCCUGUGUAAAUGCCCUUCUAGGAAAUGAGCUGGAGCCACUUGCAGAAGAUAUUCAACACCAAACCCCGAAUAUGAAUGCCAUUAUUUCUUUACAGAAGAUCACUGAAAUUCAAAGCAAGUACUGGAAGUCGGUAAGGACGGUGGCUGUGCCAAGGGGUUGUGCUUUGGCUGGCGCUCAGCUGCAAGAGGAGACAGAGACCGUUUCUGCCUUGGCCUCGCUGACAGUGGAUGUGGAACAGCCCUUUGCUCAGGAAGACUGCCACAGAACUGCUGGUGAGCCUAUGGAAGAGGAGCCAGCCUUGUGAAGUGCCAAGUCUCCCCCUGAUAUUUCCUGUGUGUGACAUCAUUGUGUAUCCCCCCCCCCAACCCCAGCACCCUCAGACAUGUCUUGUCUGCUGCCUGGGUGGCACAGAUUCGAUGGAACAUAAACACUGGGCACAAAAUUCUGAACAGCAGCUUCACUUGUUCUUUGGAUGGACUUGAAAGGGCAUUAAAGAUUCCUUCAACGUAACUGCUGUGAUUCUAAAGUUACAGUAAACCACGAUUAGAAGAAACCGCUUCCAGUGUGCUUUUAAUAUGCUGGGUGACCCAAUCCCAGACAGAAAGUAUGAACUAGGAACAUCUAAUACAGCAUUAGCUGUUGUUAAUUUCAGAAGCUAUGAUAGCCAGUGAAAUUUUGGGCAAAACCUGACACAUAUUCAUUCCUGACAUUCUGAUCAGUUUUUUAUUGGGUAAUUUUUUUGUCAAGUAAUCUUAAAUUGUUUACAGGAUUAGCUUUCAGCUAUGAACAGAUAGUAAUUCCAGAGAGAUCACAGUGUUUUUUAAAUUUUGUUCUGUUUAGGGUUUGGGGUUUUUGUUGUUGCCGUUUUGAUUUUUUUUUUCUUUGUUAAAACACACAGUUCCACUCUUCCUAGUAAGAGUUCAAGAUGGAGGAAUUGGGAUGAGGCUUUUUUUUCAGUAGAAUAACCCACACUGCAUCUCAAAGUUUAAAUGCCAAAGGAACCUCAUGCACUGUAUGUAAUGGUGCACUAUUUUAUGUCGCAUCUUUUGAGAAAAAUGAGCUCAUUUUCCUCACAUUCCUUUCUGUUCUCACACACAGGCCAUUUGCAAUUGUGUUGGAGGAUGAGGUCUUCCUCCCUCCUUUAAAUCCUUUGUCUUGAUGACAGUAGCUCUGAGCAUAUGUUCCACAGAAGAUUCUCAGUGUUUUUGAAAAGCACAUAACUUUUCAAAGAUGGUCCUAAUUUGUUCAGAAUCUAUCAAGAACUUAUCCUCUCACCUUUCUUUUC